AUGUUGGUUGAAAUUAUGGCAGUGUGUGAAAUUGAUGAGGAGGACAGUUUUGAGUGUAGAAGUGUAGAAGGUCAGCAGCAAGGACAAGAUGGAGUAAAAGUCCAACAAGCUACUAUAGCUCCUGUAACUGUAGCAGUUGGAGGUAUUGCUAAUGCCACGAUAGGUGCUGUUAGUCCUGAUCAACUCACACAAGUGCAUUUGCAGCCAGGCCAGCAAACUUCUGAUCAAGAGGUGCAACCUGGCAAGAGGCUUCGAAGAGUUGCCUGUUCCUGUCCUAAUUGUAGGGAAGGAGAAGGAAGAGGUAGUAAUGAACCAGGAAAAAAGAAACAACAUAUCUGUCAUAUUGAAGGAUGUGGAAAAGUUUACGGCAAAACAUCUCACCUACGAGCACAUCUUCGCUGGCAUACUGGAGAAAGACCUUUCGUCUGCAACUGGAUGUUUUGUGGCAAAAGAUUCACAAGGAGUGAUGAGCUUCAGAGACAUAGAAGAACCCAUACCGGUGAAAAGAGAUUUGAAUGCCCGGAAUGUUCUAAAAGGUUUAUGCGGAGUGAUCAUCUUUCCAAACAUGUCAAAACGCACCAGAAUAAGAAAGGUGGUGGGACAGCCCUUGCCAUUGUUACCUCGGGAGAACUGGACUCAUCUGUUACAGAGGUGCUUGGCUCCCCAAGAAUUGUCACAGUUGCAGCCAUUUCUCAAGAUUCAAAUCCAGCAACUCCCAAUGUUUCAACCAACAUGGAAGAAUUCUGAAAAGUUAUUUAUAACAGAGACCUCUAGUGCUGCAUUUAAGUUUACACAUCGUUGAAUAUCUGGAAAUGGGCUGGUCAAGUGGAUUACAGAGUAGGAAAUCAUGUUUUCAUUCUUGGCUUCUUUAACUAUUCCAGGAUUUUGGGUCAACACAUGAGGUGUUGAAUUUUAAAAAAUACAAAAAGCUAACUGAUAUACUGGAAACAGAAAAGUAUUUCCUCCAUGCUAUAAGUUGUAGUUAUUUGGAAAUAUAUCACAUAACCUUUAAACAGAAUCUUCCCCUCUUCUAACAUCAUGUGAUAACGUGUUUAAAAAGACAGACCUCAGUAGUUUGUAGACUGGACCAUAAUUGGAUUUAUUUUCUUUGAAAGUACUUUGUUAUAAAUCUAGUCAGUAAUAAUUUACGUGUAUUUCUUUUUCUCUGUAGCACAGAAAACAGAUAGUUAACUGAUUAUAGGGAUGAUACUGUAUUUCCUUAGCUUGAUUUUUGAAAAAUGAACUGAAAAUAAUUUUGGCCGUCUUUUCUAAGUGUUAGAAAUUCUUCAGCAGUUGAAUUAGGUGAGUUCCAAAACAGUAAUCUGAGAUGCAACUCAGAUCUUUAUCACCACUACAUUAUAGUAGUGUGUAUGCAGACAAUCAGUGAAGUCCAAUUACUUUCUCCAUUUGGAGACACAAGAGAAACUUAGAGCUAAAUCUUAGGUUAAAUUCUAGAAAAUGUUGGGAAAAAAGUAGUUAAAAUUCAUAAUAGCUUCAGAAAAAUAAAAUGAGGCAACUUAACAUGCAAUGUUUUAAAGUUAGGAUUGAUUAUAUUCCUAACCCUAGGCUGAACCAUAAAAUUUCAUUUUAAAUGUUUAUAUUGGAAAUAUUUGCAUAGAGUGUAAAUUGUUCUGUAGUUUCAUAUUCUGUAAAUAUGAGUUAUGUUGACAAUGUGCAGCAUUCUUUAUAUUUUGACUUGGUAGCCAAAGAAAGAAUUAUCACACUUUUUUUCAAGGCUGGCAGAAAAUUAUCUUGUAUCUACAUUAUAAUUUUUGUUUUCCUAUACUAAAAAUUGGCCAAUCUCAUUUUAUUUCUAGCACUGUGUUAGAAGUUUAAUUAGGAAUUUAUAACACAGUAAUGUCUUUAUGUUAUAUCAAUAACUGAAUUUUUCCUAAAAAUUAGCCUAACAAAUAUAUAAUAGAUGUGAUAAGAAGCAAAAAUUAUUUUUGAAAAAUCAGAAUAAUUUUCAGUCAAAUAAGUGACUAAAAAAAAUAUAUUUCAUUGUUUAUGCAAGGGUCUUGUUAGGAAAGAUGGCCAAAAGUUUCAUAUGAAAAAAAUUUGGAUUAUACCAAUAGCUUAACCAUUAAGAAGAUAUUUUGUGUUUUUAAAAAGUAUUUACACAGCAUCUUAAUUAAUGAAAUUGACCAUUUGAAAACUAAAGUUUUUACCCGUUCUAUUUAUUAAUAUCAUGGGUUUGCGGACUGUUUGAAUAUAGGUACAUGUUUUCUUGUGCAUUCUCUAUUAUUUCAGGAAAAGUACUACUCAUGCGAAUUCUCUUCCAAAAUUGUGAUGUUUCUUGUAUUUUUGAUGAAGGAGAAAUACUGUAAUGAUCACUGUUUACACUAUGUACACUUUAGGCCAGCCCUUUGUAGCGUUAUAUAAAACUGAAGGUCUUUUGUGCUUUCGGUUUGUAUAAAAAAGCUUUGAGAUUAAAGGAAAAAAAAUUUUUACACUGUGGUUAUAAAUUUCAAGUUUCUUAAAGCUUUUGUAGACUUGUAACAGAGUCUUUAAAUUUUAGUUGGAUUUUGUAAAUUGUUUUGUAUAUUUUAUUUAAUGUACUCUUAACAACUGAUGUUCCUGGCUUUAAAACAUCAGAAUCAGUUUGUUGUUUUGUUUGGUACAGAGGAGCAUUUGGUAUUGUUAAUUUUAAUUUUAUUAUAUAGGAGCUGAAACAUCAAAUAUAUAUUUUAUCUAUCAUUAUGCUACACAAUCAGUGCUAUAAAUUUUUUUAUGCAAAGAAACUUUCUUAAUGUUUUAAUCAUGUUUCCUCAGAGUGACACUUUUUGUUGUUGUCAGUACCAAGUGUGAGCACUCUGCAUCAUUAUUUCCCAAAUCAGUUUUAAUGCAAAGCUAUAUAUGUUCAUCAGAAAUGAAAGUUAUUUUUAAUCAACAAUGAGGCCUAUUAUGAAUUGAUCAAACUGAAUCUGGAUAGCUUUAUAGCAUAUAAAAUUUGUGUUAGCAGGUGCACAUUUCACCACUGAAAUUAGAAAUAUUUUGACAGUCUGUUCUGCAUACCAUUCUGAGUCCACUUUUCUGUCUUAUAAGAAUCGUAAAUUUCAGUGUCCUUUAUUUGACUCAGUGGGAUAUAGCUGUUAUAAGUAAUAGGGCACAGAUGUGCAGUAGAGUUGUUUAAUGGCAUUUCACUGUUCAUUCCCUUUGCCACUGUUAUAAAACUUUUCUUUAUUGUAAUUAUCAGUGCAAAGCUAUGUAUUUAUCAUGGUAAAACUCCAGUGUUAGAAUAGUUUUUUCUUACCGUAUACUUUCUUUGGUUAGGUUUGUGUAUGUGUUGCUGAUUACAUUAGAACUUGAUGUUAAGUCAUUAUUUAUCACACUCAUGAGAGCAGUAAUAAAAGUGUGUAAUCUAGGAGAAAAAGUUAAUUUGUCAAACUUAGAUAAGCAUGAUGUUUAGGUCCUAUUUUUCAAUUUUAUAACUGUUUUAUUGCAACAAUAUUUGUAUUUAAGUCUCCAUUUUAAUGCCUUGUGGUGUUUUUUUUAUGCAUGUCACUAAGUUGUCAUCCCACAUAAAUUGAUGUGCAGCAUAGGGUAUUAAAUCUACAUAAUGAUUUUAAAACAGAAAUAGUUGAUGGUAAAAUGUAAAUGUUUUGCAAAAAUUACUUAUAAAAAGUUUUGUAGUAACAUUUCACUUGUAAAUUUUUUUGUAAAAAAAAAAAAAAGGAAAUGAAAUGGAAAAAAAAAAAAAAAUGAAUCCAGAAAAAAAACCUGUUUCCCAUAUCCUAGACUUUAGACAAUUAUUCUGCCAGCAAAGCCUCUGGGGCUGUAAUUGACAUUUUUACAGUGCUGAUUUGUAUAAAAUUUGUUUUUUGUGGAUUUGAAAAUAAAAUCAUGUACAAGUU